AAAUGGGUGGUAUACAUGGAUCAAUUAGGGUUUCAGAGGGGAGAAUUUUCUGUCCAAUUAGGGCUUCAAGAGCAAGAUGCCGAAGAACAAGGGUAAGGGAGGAAAGAAUCGCAAGAGAGGAAAGAACGAGGCCGAUGACGAGAAGCGUGAGCUGGUCUUCAAAGAGGACGGUCAGGAGUACGCGCAAGUGCUGCGUAUGCUGGGAAAUGGCCGAUGCGAGGCCACGUGCAUCGACGGAAACAAGCGUCUCUGCCACAUACGAGGCAAGAUGCACAAGAAGGUCUGGAUCGCAGCCGGUGAUAUUAUUCUCGUCGGCCUCAGGGACUACCAGGACGAUAAGGCCGAUGUGAUUCUCAAGUACAUGCCCGAUGAGGCCAGGCUCUUGAAGGCUUACGGAGAGCUACCUGAGAACACCAGGUUGAAUGAAGGGAUUGCUGGCGGGCUUGAAGAGGAGGACGACGGCGCUGGUGAUAACUACGUCGAGUUUGAGGACGAGGACAUUGAUAAGAUCUAAAUCCUUCUCUUAUGCUUUUUCGUUUUCUUUGCCAUUUACCUUCUGUUACGAUGAUAUGUAAUAUUGGAUAAUUCUAGUUUUAUCGUGUUGGUGAUUCUGAUGCAAUAAUAUUGAGGAGUUUUACAAUAAUUCUCAAAAUAAUGAUUUGUAAAGUUUAUAUGUGAUAAUUUUCUUGAACUU